UUGAUGAGCAAAUGGUGUCUUUCAGAGGAACGCGCAGCCCAAUAAGGCAGUAUGUCAAGAGCAAGCCCCACCCCUGGGGAUUCAAGAUCUGGGCCCGUUGCACUUCCACAGGAAUCCUCUGUGAUUUUCAGGUGUAUGAAGGUGGCACUGGGAAAAGAACCACACUUGGCAUGGGAGGCGACGUGGUGCUCAAGCUGUGUGAAACUCUUCCACCAGGCCAGAACUACAAAGUGUUCGCCGACAACCUGUUCUCUUCAGCAGCACUGGUGCAUCAGCUUCUUCAGCGGCAGAUCUUCUACACAGGAACACUCCGCAGCAAUCGCUUGUCUGGAUGUCUGCUUGAGGAUGACAAGAGUCUUGCCAAGAGAGGCAGAGGAUCUUUUGAUGCCAGGGUGGAGAAAGGGGGGUCCAUGGCUAUUGUAAAGUGGCAUGACAACAGGUCAGUCACCUUGAUCUCCUCUCACGCUGCAGUGGAACCACAAGACAAAGCUCGCCGCUGGAGCAAACAAGAGAAGGCAUUCCUUGACGUCAACCAGCCACACGUCGUCAAAGAGUACAACACCUUCAUGGGGGGGGUUGACCUCAAUGAUGGAUGUAUUGCCAGGUACAAGUACAACAUGAGAUCACGGCGGUGGUACAUCUACCUCUUCUGGCACAGCAUCAUGCUAGCCUUGGUCAACGCAUGGCUGACCUACCGCCGUGACUGCAAGCUGCUUGGUGAGAGGCCACUGAAUCAAAGAAGAUUCCAGGCAGAGGUGGCAACUAGCCUCAUCCUCAUCCAGGCAAAAAGGGGGCGCCCAUCACUCGACAGCAACACCACACCUCAACCAGCAACUCCCAAGAGAGUCCGUGUUAGAGUUCCUAAUGAUGUUCGUCUGGACCAGGUUGCACACUGGCCUGUGAAAUGCGCCAAGCGUGGCCGCUGUACAGUCUGCAAACAGAAUGCAACCACCACCCUCUGUCAGAAGUGUGACGUGCGUCUCUGCUUCACUGAAGAGAGAAACUGUUUUAAAGCACACCAUUUUGCCUAAGCACACAUAAACCUCUCUGCUACACUGGCAAUCACCUAGUAGUUGUUGAGAUCCUAGGUUAUUUGUUGUGGAGUUAAAAAUGUUAUGUUCUGGUAGGAUCUUUCUUUGAGAGUAGAAAUGAAUGUGAUUGGUGGUGUGAAGAGGAAGGUAGGGGGAGUAUUAAUGAUAUUGGAUGUUGAUCUGAUGAUAUACAAAUAAAAAAACAAAGAAACACAUUCUCAUGCUGAUUUAUUUUUAGAAAUUCAAGAUUAAGGUUUAACAAAUAAUUUAACUCUUGAAGGCCCAAAGUGACAAAUAAGUCACUUUUGAGAUCUCUGCCACCUAGUGGUGGAAUCAAACAUUUUUUUUUAGAAAUGUGUUCUAUGUGCUCUAUUUAACCUGUGUUGUGCCCCCCUUAAUUUUCCUUGAAGUAG